GUCUCUUUCCCCUCCUCCUUCCCCUCUCUAUUCCCCUGCUCCCUUCACCACCACCACUCCCCACCCACUUCCCACCCAUCCCCUCCCCCGCAGUCCCGCCUCCCCCACGCAGCGCCACUCCCCAGGCGGAAAAAAAUCCCUCGGAUUCCCGCCUCGGACCACGCGGCCCGCCCCGAUCGCCGGCGAGCUCCCCGACCCCCGGCGUUUCUCAGGAUUCGGAGGUUUGGCCCCCGGAGGAGGAGCGGAGGAUCCGGCGCCCAUGUCGGGCCACCUCGAUCGCCUCGCGCGCCCAGUCUCAGGUUUUGAAGGUUGUUCAAGUCACGAUGACAGGAGAUCAUAUGAGGAGAUCAGAUUUUGAAAUCUCUGAAGAUGAAAAGAAGACAAGAAUGGGCUCUUUGAAGAAGAAAGCUAUAGAUGCAUCGAGUAAGCUUAGGCAUUCCUUAAAGAAAAAGAACAGGAGGAAGAGUGGCAGUCGGGUUCUCUCUGUGUCUAUUGAAGAUGUGCGUGAUCUAGGGGAACUGGAAGAGGUAGAAGCAUUUAGACAGGCGCUAAUUUUGGACGAAUUGUUGCCUUCAAGGCAUGAUGACUAUCAUAUGCUGCUGAGAUUCUUAAAGGCAAGGAAAUUUGACAUUGAGAAAGCAAAGCAAAUGUGGACUGACAUGCUUCAAUGGAGGAAGGAAUAUGGUACUGAUACAAUUGUUGAGGAUUUUGAUUACACUGAGUUGGACACUGUUCUGGAAUACUAUCCUCAUGGUUAUCAUGGCGUUGACAAAGAGGGGAGACCUGUUUAUAUCGAAAGGCUUGGAAAGGUCGACCCUAACAAGCUUAUGAAUGUGACAACUAUGGACAGAUAUGUAAGGUACCAUGUGAAGGAAUUUGAGAGGAGCUUCUUGAUCAAAUUUCCAGCAUGCUCUCUUGCGGCUAAAAGACACAUCAAUUCGAGCACAACAAUUCUGGAUGUUCAGGGUGUGGGUUUGAAAAAUUUCAGCAAAACUGCACGCGAAUUAAUUAUGCGACUGCAGAAAGUUGACAACGAUAACUACCCUGAGACUUUACACCAAAUGUUUAUAGUCAAUGCUGGCCCGGGCUUUCGGAUGCUAUGGAGCACCGUGAAAUCUUUCCUUGACCCAAAAACCACUUCCAAGAUACAUGUACUUGGGAACAAGUGUCAAAGUAAGCUACUUGAAAUAAUUGAUGCUAGUGAAUUGCCAGAAUUUCUUGGUGGCACUUGUACCUGUCCCGAAUAUGGAGGGUGCCUCAAAGCUGAAAAAGGGCCAUGGAAGGAUGCAAACAUACUGAAGAAAGUCCUUAAUGGCGAGGCUCAGUGUGCUCGGCAGAUUGUAACUGUUUCCAAUGGGACGGAAACUAUUAUUUCUUAUCCCAAGUCUAAGUACCAAAUGGUACGUGGAAGUGAUACAUCAACUGCGGAGUCUGGAUCUGAAGCGGAAGAUGUAACUUCCCCCAAAGCUCUAAGAAGUUACAUCUCCCAUCCUAAGUUGACCCCAGUUCGUGAAGAGGUCAAGAUGAUCAGGGCCACUAGCUUUUCUACCCGUAUGCCUGAAUAUGAUGUUCCUGUUGUUGACAAAGCAGUGGAUGCAACAUGGAAGAGAGAACUGCCUCGGAAGGCGCCUGUCCCGCCCAAAGACUCUUCUUUGGCUACCACCACAAAGGCAUCCAACAGGUCUUUGGAUCAGAUUAUUCCAGCUCUGAUGGCUUUUGUGAUUGCUAUUGUAACGCUGCUUCGGUCAGUUAAAGAUGUUGCGACAAAGAGAUUGCCAGAUAAAAACGAGUCAGACGAACAAAGUUCUGCAGUAUAUCAAGACUGCAUUCCAAAAGAGGAGUUCCGCCCCCCGUCACCAGGUCCUGGGUUUGCUGAAUCUGACCUGUUCUCGUUAGUCUUGCAAAGGCUGGCAGAGCUUGAAGCGAAGGUUCAUGCGCUUGAAGCAAAACCUUCUGAAAUGCCUUGCGAGAAAGAAGAGCUGCUUAAUGCCGCUGUCCGCCGCGUGGAUGCACUGGAAGCCGAACUCAUUGUAACAAAGAAGGCCCUGCACGAGGCUCUUAUCAGGCAAGAGGAACUACUUGCUUAUGUGGACAGGAAGACAAUUGCCAAGGCCCAGAAAAAGAAGAAGCCGAUGUCUUGCUACUAGGACACAAGGAGAGAGAGAGAGAGAGCCCCCUUUGGUUCCAGUUUUCUUUUCUCUGAGAUGCCGGAGAUGGCGUUUGAGAUGAUGUAAACGGUUGAUCCGUUCGUUUUCCUGACAAAUGUGAAAAGGACAGACAUAUGGGUUUGUAAAUGGACAGAAAAUCCUGACAUAAAUAAAAUGUGUUUUUGCGCUGAA